AUGUCGUCUCCGGUUGUGUUCCAGUUGUGUGUCGCGUCAGCUUUCGACGGCCUCGCGAAACACGAAAGACUUUAUGCGCAUUGGAUGGCUAAGGCUGCAUGGAGAGGCACCAGGAUCAUCCUCCGACAAGUGUCUCCCGAGGCCAAUGGAGUCUUCGAUCUCAUUAUUUCAUUGUAUCGUUCUUGCCAGGGCGACUGGGAACAGCUAGCAACAGAUGCCGAUGUUGGUUUGGAGGAGCUUCAUAAGUUUCUCAAUUAUGCUGCGUUAUUCUUGUCUAAUAUUGGCAACUACUUUGGCUCCGGGGACCAAAAGUUCGUACCGGAAAUUUCGAAGGAAGCACUCAUCAGACUAGCUUCAAGCAAUUCUCAGACAAAGGAGCUGCUCAAUCAUAUCCUGAAAGAUAUGUAUCAACAGCCUCCAGCCAGUCUCGGACCCCCUGGUCCGUUCACGCAGACCGCAUAUUAUUUCGGAGACAACUGCCUAGAAUCUCCCGAGGUCCUCUCUUCUAUAUCUAAGCUGAUGGAAGAUCUGUCUAUCCAUCCGGAGAACACUCGGUUACAAAGAUACAAAGAAUCCGGAACCGACUGCUACGACAUCUUGCAAGCGUCCGUCGAUGAGAGUACCGAGGUACUCAACAGUACCACCUAUCGAUCGUUGGAAGACAAACACAUCCGCCUAGUACGAGGUGACCACAGGGAGGAGCUUGAGCAGGUAUGCAGGUGCUUACGACGAGCCAGCAGGUAUACAUCAAAUCCCGCACAGCAGCAGGUUUUGCACCAGACUAUGGAUAGCUUUCUACUUGGAGACCUAGAGCUCUACAGGGAGGCGCAGAAGACAUGGAUUACUGAUAAGGCUCCAACAGUGGAGACAGUUCUCGGUUUUGUUGAGCCUUAUCGAGACCCAUUGGGUGUACGCGCAGAAUUUGAAGGAAUAGUCGGAAUACCUGAGCCUUCUGAGACUGAGCUGUUAAACAAGCUUGCAAACGUAGCGGAUAUCUUUGUCGCUAAGCUCCCAUGGGUUAAUGAGGGCACUGGCAGCAUUAGAAAAGGACCCUUUGAGAAGGAUAUAUUUGAUCCACCUGACUUCUCGAGUGUUCAGAGUCUAGCAUAUUGCUCGAGCAAUAUAUUCCCAGGAAUUAACCUACCAAAUUACAACGACAUACGGCAAGACAUAGGCUACAAAAACAUCAUCUUUUCGAACCGCAUGUUAGCCGAAAGAAUUCGCGCUAGGGGUCUACAGUUGGUAGCUGAAAACGAGCAAGAACGAUAUCAGAACCACCGGUUUCACUCCUACUAUAUCUGGGUUGUGCUUCAUGAGAUACUGGGCCAUGGUACUGGAAGGUUCCUCGUGGAAGUUUUCAAGGAUAAUUAUAACUUUGACCCGAUGAAUCCGCCUCUGAGCCCUCUUACCGGGAAUCCAGUUGACUCCUGGUAUCGCGCUGGGCAAACUUGGACGGGAGUUUUCGGCGACCUGGCAACGACAGUGGAUGAAUGCAGAGCCGAGUUAGUGGGUGCUUAUCUGAUUGACGAGCCGGAUAUACUUGCUGUCUUUGGUUAUACGGAGGACAGCGUGGUCAAGCCCAAAGAUCUGAUUUAUAACAUGUACUUGCAGCUAGGGGUGGACGGGCUUCGGGGAUUAGCAAACUAUGAUCCCUCUACAAGGAAAUGGGGGCAAGCACAUAGUCGAGCUCACUACGCUAUAUUCCGCCAUCUUCUCCGUGACAGUGACGGCCUGUACACAGUACAUUUUGAUCCCCAUACCCAUAGAUUGACAGUGCAGGUCGACCGGAUGAAUAUCCUUCGAAAGGGCAAACCAUCCCUCGGCCGAAUGCUCUUAAUGCUGCAUGUGUACCGUUGCACCGCUGAUGUCUCCAGGUGCCGGGCAUUCUACGAGGAACUUUCGCAAGUUGACGAAGAGGCCUUGCAGUGGAGGGACGUUGUAGUCUACCACAAAGAUCCUCCGUUAGCAUUCUGCCACGCAAAUACCUUUCUUUCUGGGGAUGAGGUUCAAUUGAAAGAGUAUGAACCGACGACCAGGGGAGUUGUUCAGAGUUGGGCGGAAAGAGAACUGGUAUAG